AUGAUUUCUGGUCGUAUUUUAUGGCAAUAUGCUGCUUUCAAUAGAUCGUUUGCUUUCAGUAGAUUUACAAAGACCAAGCCAGUGAUUACAUUACUAGCCCAUUCAAAAUGCUUUUCCACGUCUAUAAUUAAAAGAAGCACUUUUGAUGAACAACCAAUAGUACAUAGUGGUAAUAAACCUCAGAAACCAAGUGUUGAUUUAGGAAAUGAACCAAAAGAUCCUAGAUCAAGAUUUACUCCUGAAGAAUUGGAGGCAUCUCGGUUGGCUAGAUUGGCGGGCCUUGGAUGGGUAGCUAACCUUCCCGAAAAGUGGAUUCCAUACGCUGAAUUGAUGAGAAUUGAAAAACCAGUAGGGGCUUUGCUUUUGCUUCUUCCUUCUUUCUGGGGAAUAACCAUGGCAGCUUAUUCAGUAGCAGCUCCGUUAACUACAACAUUAUCAGCUAUUACUUUGUUUACAAUUGGUGCGUUUGUAAUGAGAGGUGCUGGAUGCACCAUAAAUGAUAUAUGGGAUCGAAAUCUAGAUAAUCAAGUUGCACGUACCAUAGAAAGACCAAUAGCUAGCAGAAGAGUUAGUGUUCCUCAAGCAGUUGGUUGGUUAGCCGUACAAUGUUUUGCAGGAUUAGCUGUUUUGUUGAGUUUGCCUUUUGAAUGCUUCUACUUGGGAGCGCUUUCUUUACCUUUUGUUGCUGCAUACCCUUUAUUUAAGAGAUUUACAUAUUAUCCACAAGUAAUGUUAUCUAUAUGCUAUAGUUGGGGCUGCUUAUUAGGUUUUCCUGCUGUUCAGGCGCCCUUGCUCUUAUCUGUUGCAGUCCCAUUGUUCUUAUCUAACUUCGUUUGGUGUAUGACAUAUGAUACUAUAUACGCCCACCAGGAUAAAGCUUUUGAUGUCCAUGCUGGGAUAAAAUCAACCGCUUUAGCAUGGGGGGACAAAACCAAACCUAUACUUAACAGUCUUUCUGCAGCCCAGGUCGGAUUAUUUACAACUGCUGGUAUUAUGAAUGGAAUGGGACCUGGAUUUUAUGUAUUUGGUGCAUGGGCAUUUUUAAGGUUAUUUAGACAAAUUAGAAAUGUUAACUUAGAUGACCCAAGCAGUUGCUGGAAAGCAUUUACCAGUAACAUUAAUACAGGGUAUGUCUUUUGGUUUGGCAUGGUUAUCGACUAUAUUCUAUUAUUAUUAGGCUAUCUCUAG